AUGAAUUCUUAAGUCCUUGAAUAUCGUGUGCUUUCCAAUCUAGGGUCAGGCUCUGGUCAUUAAGUCAUGAAAGUUUAACAUAACUCAACUGCUCAAAUUUUAGCUAUGAAAAUUGAAAAAAGCCCUUAGUUAGGUCAACUAGAGUCUGAAGUCUCAAUACUUAAGCAACUAAAAAGUAUAGAUGGUGUCCCAUAAUUGCUUGAUUAUGGCAAAACGAAAGAUUUUAGGUAUAUAAACAACUAAUUUAAAUUAGAUGCUAUUUGAUCACACCUAUUUUAAAGAGGAACCUUUAAGAAAUACUAAAAGACAAUACAAUGUCAAUAAAUUAGAUUCUUACAAUUGGAUUAAGUAUUUUAAAGAUUUUGGAAUAAGUUCAUAAAAAACACAUUCUACACCUUGAUAUAAAACCAGAAAAUAUCAUGAUUUCGUCAUCUCAUAUAAAAGUUUCAUUAGAAGAAAUUGCAUAACCUGGAUUUGUUCAAUUAAUAGAUUUUGGAUUAUCAUAAAAAGUUGGAUAAAUCAAUUCUUAGAACAAAGUUUUUGUAGGUUCAAUAAGAUAUGCUAGCAGAUAGGCCCAUAAAGGAAAUUAGCUCUAUUAUAAAGAUGAUUUAGAAAGUCUUCUAUAUGUAUUAGUGUAUCUAAGAAAUAGUAAGUUAUUAUUUUGAAUAUAUAGAGAAUCUUCCUUGGCAAACCACAUAAAAAUAUUAAUCCUAGCAGAUGGAAAUAAGAAAAAUAGGAGAAGUUAAGGAUGCUGUAUUUAAUACUAUGGAUUUAACACAAAGAUUUCCAUAAUAAUUUACAGCAUUUAAAACUUAUAUUGAUGGAUUAGCUAAGGCAGAGAUGCCUAAUUAUGAUUACUUAAAAUCAUUAUUUAGAUAAAUGUUAUCAUAAGAAAAAUAUUCUCCUGCAUAGCAACAUACAGCAUCAAUAUUAACAUAGAGUAACUCAUAUAAAGAAUCAAAUAAAAUUUAAAUUUCUGAUUAGAUGAUUUAGUUGUUCUAACACCUUUAGAAACAAGAUUAAUUAUUAAAUGAGGAAGAUUUAUCUGACACAGAAACCUCAAUAGUAUUGAUAUCUGAUUUGGUUAAGACUUUCAAUACUUAAACACCAAAGUCAAUUGUUGAUAUCAAAUUUUGA